AUGGCUUUCGACCCAUCACUCAUUGGAUUAAAAGGCUUUGAGUUGCUAUUUCCUAGUCUAUGGAACUCAGUAUUUCUAAGUUCAUCCGAGCAGAAAUCCAUAUCAGCGUUGGUUUUCACUAUAUUAAGUCAAAUUUUAGAAUUCAAUUCUUUUGUCGAUUUUUCUUGUAAACUUCCGUCAGUCUUGGUUAUUUCAGUUGAGAAGGCAUGUGAAUCAUAUAUGCUCGACACAGAUUGCUUAUUGUUUUUACAUACACUUUUGCAGUAUGGUAUAAAACACAACAUCGACUUGAAUGAUUCUAUGCUGAAGAGCUUAAUUAUUUGUUGCAAGAACUUUGAUUCGUCAUGUAAGGAUGAUUCACUUUGGAAUCGUUUACUCUUGAUGAUGAAGUUAAUGAACUCAUUGACAUCACCAAUUUUGUUUUGUCUUGAUUGUUUAAAAACUAAACGCUUUUUCAGUGUUAACAAACAGUUCUGUAUAGUACUUCAAUUUUUGGCUUCUUUGUCAACCCUCUGUCAGUCACUUGAAUGGUUGGAAGAGUUUUGCAGUAAAUCAAAUUGUGGUGAAUCAUUUGCCCUAAUUAUUACAACUGUUACUAUCGAACUGCGUCUGUAUCUCACUGAGAAGUCGCCGUAUAACAAAAAUAAAAGCAUUGAUAUUCAACAAUCACCAUUAGAUUAUAGUAUCGAAGAUGAGUCUAAGAACAACCAACCCUCAGAAAAUUGUACAGAUUUAAUGAUCCACUCGGAUCCUACAACAAUUAAUUGCAGCAUGCUGGAAGCAUGCUUAGUUCUUUUUAACCAUAGUGUAAAAGAAUUACAGAAAGUUGAUAAUACUACGAAUGAUAAGGUGGACAGUUCUGCGAAGUGUGAUGGCCAGAAGUCCACUGGUUCUUUAAUUUCCUUUGCUGCUGAUGAUACAGUGAAAAAUAUUUGGUUACAAUGUGUAGAUACUGGCGAAGCAAUAAAAGAUCUAUUGGUAUCGUAUAGUUCUAACACAAAUAAGGAUUCAGACUGUCGAGUGUUUACUGAUACGCAUUUACUGUGGGAUAACUUUACUAACCAAGUUAAACCAUUUGGUGCCGUACUGCUUGAAACAUAUUUCAAUUGGGUUUCUGUGUACUUUACAACUCAUUGUAUGCAGUUUGAAGAGGAUAGUGAAAUCAUGUCUACUUUCAAAGAACUGUUCAAUAAUUACUUAUCUUCAGUUUUACCUAUCCUGAGUUCACUUAUGACGUAUUAUUUCCUAAAUCAUCAUAUUUUAUCGGAUCCUGCUCAGACUUAUUUUUUUGAUAAUAUGAAGUUGAUCCAGUCAGUGAAAAACAUCACUAGUUUUUUAGUUCAACUAGCUAGAAUUCCCCCAAAUCCAAAAUUGUUUAUUGACUGGUUUUUAUGGGAUUCUGUUGAUAAACCAUUUCAAGGAGAAAUUGUUUGUAAAUGGUUAAAAGAAAUCUGGUGCACGUAUUUUACAAAUACUCAGUUGCUUUUAGCCAAUCCACUCACAGAAUUACUUACUAGCAUACUGGAACUUAUUAAUAAUUGUCUACUCAAUACGCAGAUGAUCAUUUCAAAGAAUACCUUUGAACAGAAUAAUUUGUUAGCAUGGCUUACAGAUCGUGGGGAGUUAUUUCAAGUUAUCCUUCCUAACUGGAUGCUUACAAUUGAUGAUUUAAUUGUUAACCAACCAUCCCUAUGCAUAGAAUAUAUUUGUACAGUUAUCAAAUUGUGGAUAAUCUAUCAGAAAUGGUCAAAAAAAUUCAGUUCUAGUCUGUGCGGUUUAACCAAAGAAUCUUUAUUGAAUAUCCCAGACGAAUUACUGAAUAGAAUUGAUAAAGUUCUGUCGUUAUCGGAUACUGCUUCAUCGGAUUGUUUAGUUGCAUAUCACCUUUCGAAUCUCUCUCAAGCUUUCAUAGAAGCUGAAGAAUACGACAAUCGGUUUUCAGAAAUCUCUUCUCUCAUGAAAGAUUUCUAG